AAAGGAGAAGUGAACAAAAACAUCAAAACAACACUCCAGCAAUAAUAUUAAAAAAAUGACUUCUUCCGACAAUAAGAAUAACUCUGCUUCAUCAUCGAAGGAUGGCAGUAAUAGUACCACUCCUGGUAAGAAGGCUAUUGCUCUUGCUGCUCCAGAAUUGUCAGAGGAAGAUCAAAGAUUAAAGGACGAUCUUGAAGAAAUGGUCAAUAAUAUUUGUAAUUCACCACAACAACAACGUACUGCCUUGGAAUCUCUCAAGGAAGAAUUAAAGAAAUCACUCACAACAGCUGUUACUACAAUCCCAAAGCCUCUUAAAUUCUUAAGAAUACAUUACGAACCACUCAAGGAAGCUUACGAAAAGAAUACUGCUAGAGAUAAUAAGAUCCUCUUUGCAAAUAUUCUCUCAGUAUUGGGUAUGUCCUUGUCCAUUGAAGGUGAAAGGGAUUGUUUGAAAUACAUGUUGGAAGCUGAUGAUGAUGAAUUUGAUAAGUGGGGACACGAAUAUGUUAGAUCUCUUGCUGGAGAAAUCGGAGAAGAAUAUCAAACAAGACUCCAAGAAAAGAUCCAAAUGCAAGAAAGAAUAAUACAAGAAACUGGUGAUGAUAUGGAAAUUAUGGAUAUUCUUACACUUGUUAACAAGAUUGUUCCAUACUUUAUGAAGAGUGCUUCUGAACCUGAAGCUUGUGAUUUACUUAUCGAAACUGAAAAGUUAUCAAAGAUUGUCGAUUAUUGUGAUGAAACAAAUUAUACUCGUGUUUGUUUAUACUUGGGUGGUGUUUCUAAAUACUUUAUUGAACCUGAGAAUACUCAAACUUUAAAGAUUGUGUACGAUAUUUAUAGAAAGCUUAACAAACUUCCAGAAUCACUCCGAAUUGCUAUGCAAUUAAAUGAUAUUGGUCUUAUUAAGGAUACAUUCUUCAGCUGUGAUGAUAGCCUCUUAAGGAAACAACUUGCUCUCAUGCUCGGAAGAGGUAAUUAUAAAUUCUCAGUUGCUGAUCAACUUGAAGAUGAAGGUGCUGAAUUGGAAGAAAUUAUGGGUAACUGCAAGUUGAGUCAAUACUUUUUGUAUUUGGCUAAACAAUUGGAUUCUCUUGAACCAAAGACUCCAGAAGAUGUCUACAAAUCACAUCUCUCUGAAACAAGAUCAACUUUGACUCAAAAUGUUGACUCUGCUCGUCAAAACCUUGCUUCAUCAUUUGUUAAUGGUUUUGUCAAUGCUGGUUUUGGUACAGACAAGUUGAUUAAAUCUGAAGAUUCUUGGAUUUAUAAGAAUAAGGAUGCUGGUAUGCUCAGUGCUGUUGCUUCAUUGGGUUUGAUUUAUUUGUGGAACUAUGAAGAAGGUUUGAUGGAAAUUGACAAGUAUUUGUAUAGUAGUGAUAAUAACAUUAAGGCUGGUGCUUUACUCGCCAUUGCCAAUUUCAGUGCUGGUAUUAGAACUGAAGCUGAUCCUGCUUUGGCUAUCUUACCUGAACAUGUUGAAUCUGGUCUUCCUAGAGAAGUCAGAAUUGCUUCAAUUCUCGGUCUCGGUAUUGCUGGUGCUGGUAGUGCUAAUGAACAAAUCUUCCAAUUGUUAAUUCCAAUCAUUGUUGAUCCUGAUCAACCAAUGGAAAUUGUAUCAUUUGCUGCUUUGUCUUUGGGUAUGAUCUUUGUAGGUACAAUGAAUGAAGAUAUUACAGAAUCACUCAUUCAAGUUUAUCUUGAAAGAAGUGAAAAGGAUCUUGCUCAUCCAUUAGCUAAGUUUGUUGCUUUGGGCUUAGGUAUGCUCUUCUUGGGUAAACAAGAAGCUGUUGAUUCUGUUUGUGAAUCCAUCAUGACUACUGUUAAUGCCAAGUUGGCCAAGUUUGUUACUUUGACUGUUGAAGUUUGCGCUUAUUGUGGUACUGGUAACGUUUUGAAGAUUCAACAAUUGUUGAAGAUUUGUGAGGAAGAAGAUGUUUUGACCAAUACUUAUCAUGGUGUUGCUGCUUUGGGUAUUUCUUUAAUUUGUAUGGGAGAAGAUUUGGGUUGUGAAAUGGCUAAUAGAUCAUUCGGUCACUUGCUCCAAUAUUCUGAAAUGGGAGUUAAGAGAGCUGUUCCACUUGCUAUGAGUUUAUUGAAUGUUUCUAAUCCAGACAUGGCAGUUAUGGAUACUUUGAGCAAAUUGUCUCACGAUAAUGAUGCAGAACUUUCUCAAAAUGCCAUCUUUGCUUUGGGUGUUAUUGGUGCCGGUACUAACAAUGCUAGAAUUGGCCAAUUGCUCAGACAAUUGUCAACAUAUUAUCAAAAGGAACCAAACCACCUUUUCAUUGUUCGUGUUUCUCAAGGUUUAUUGUCCACUGGUAAGGGUUUGAUAACAAUGAAUCCAUUCUACUCUGAUCGUUCCAUCCUUUCUCAAUCCCAAUUGUGUGGUUUGAUGACUCUCCUCUUUACUGGUCUCGACUUUAAGAAUACCAUCUUGUCUAACUAUCACUACUUGUUGUAUACUGCUGCUUCUGCCAUGUAUCCAAGAAUGCUUGUUUUGGUUGAUGAAAACCUUGAACCAGUUCAAGCUAACGUUCGUGUUGGUCAAUCAGUUGAUGUUGUUGCCCAAGCUGGUAAACCAAGAUCAAUCACAGGUUUCCAAACACAUAAGGCUCCAGUCAUCCUGCAGUUCGAAGAAAGAGCUGAAUUGGCCUCUGAAGAGUUCAUUCCACUCAGUUCAACACUUGAUAAUGUAAUUAUUGUAAAGAAGAAUCCAGAAUAUGAAGCUGAAAUCUAAAUAAAUUGUUAAUAUAUUAUUUGUAAAA